AUGGGAACGGUCCGUUUCCGCCGCCUGGAAUCAUACUUUGGCACUCUCGAGGACGCUUGGAAGGCUGGGCCCGCCCAAUUGCGGGAAGCCGGCUUGGACUGGCGCACGGCCCGGGAGGUAGUGGCGGCGCAACAGGAUGCCGAUCUCUCACGGGAAAUGGAUGCCCUGGAACGGGCUGGAGUGACUGCCGCCCAUUGGAACAGCGACGACUACCCUGCUCGCCUCAAGGAAAUCCCUGACCCGCCUCCGGUUAUAUACUAUCUGGGUGAAAUACUGCCGGAGGACGAAUUCUCCGUUGCCGUAGUGGGCACCCGCAAUCCCACCAGCUACGGGAGGGAGGCAGCCUCGGCGCUCAGCCGGGACUUGGCAUCGGUAGGGAUCACCAUAGUGAGCGGUCUGGCCCUGGGGAUUGACGGCGUUUCCCAUCGUGCGGCGCUGGAAUGCGGCGGCCGGACCAUCGCCGUGGUUGCCGGAGGCCUGGACAGCGUAUACCCGAAGGAGCACGCGGGCCUGUUCCGCCAGAUCCAGGGGCAGGGUGCGGUGAUCAGCGAACACAGGCUAGGUGUUCGCCCCGAUGCCCGCAACUUUCCGCGACGCAACCGUCUGAUCAGCGGUAUGACGCUGGGCACCCUGGUCGUGGAGGCGGGAGAAGGCAGUGGGUACCCGCUGGACGCCAGCAAAUAUACCAAUCGCAUGAUAAAAGAGGGCGCUAAACUGGUUGCGGAAUACACCGAUGUUUUGGAAGAAUUGAAGUUGCCCGAAUUAAGACGGCGGGAAACUGAACCUCCUGCCGUUCAGCAACCAUUGGAAGCCCAGGAAAUCAGGGAAAGUGAAAUGGAGGGGGACCUGGAGGGUCUGGAUGAGGAGGAGUCGGCGAUACUGUCUCGUCUUUCCGGCGAUCCGGGGCACGUCCGCGACCUGCCGCAAUGGCGCUUUGGCGUGAACAUAGAGGAGGACUUCGCCCCGUCCUAUGAGGUCGUGAAGGACAAGAAGGACCUUGUCAGCCAGCUGAAGGCGGCGGGGGACUCUGCCAACGACAUCUACCUGGCAACCGACCCCGACCGGGAAGGGGAGGCAAUUUCGUGGCAUCUCCAGGAGGCGGCCGCCUGGGAGGGCCGCCUGACGCCGCCAAAGCGGGUAGUGUUUCACGAGAUCACCAAGGACGCGGUGGAGGAGGCCUUCAACCAUCCCCGCGAAAUCGACAUGCAGCUGGUCAAUGCCCAGCAGGCGCGGCGGAUACUUGACCGCCUGGUUGGCUACCAGAUCAGCCCGUUGCUCCGAAAGCGGGUGCAGCGCGGCGUGUCGGCGGGUCGGGUGCAGUCGGUGGCCCUGCGAAUGGUCUCGGACCGUGAACGCGAGAUAGCGGCCUUUGUUCCCGUGGAGUCGUGGACCCUCGACUUGCGCUCGGUGAAGGGACAGCGGGCCCGGCUGACCAUUUCCAAGGAAGAGGAUGCUCGCCGCUAUGAGGCUGAACUUGACGGCGCCAAGUACGCCGUGGCCGAGGUCAGCAAGCGGGACGUCCGGCAGCGGCCAGCCGCGCCUUUCACCACGAGCACCAUGCAGCAGGAGGCGGGGCGCAAGCUGCGGUUCACCUCGCAGCGGACCAUGUCGGUGGCUCAGCAGCUUUACGAGGGGCUGAACGUCGGCGACGGUGGGUCGAUCGGCCUGAUCACCUACAUGAGAACCGACUCGACGCAGGUGGCUGCCUCGGCGGUUACCGAAACACGGGAGUACAUCGCUGGGCGGUACGGCAAGGAGUUUCGUCCCGACAAGCCGCGGGUCUACAGCCGCCGUUCCAAGGCAGCGCAGGAGGCCCACGAGGCGAUACGCCCCACGUCCAUACACCGAGACCCGACGUCCAUGAAGGCGUACCUGAACUCGGAGCAGUUGCGCCUGUACACGCUUGUCUGGGAGCGGAUGCUGGCCAGCCAGAUGUCUGACGCCGUAUCGGAAUCCACCACGGUCGACAUUGAUGGAGCCUGCCGGGAUUCGGGAAACGUGUACAACUUCCGAGCGACCGGCUCCGUGCUCAAAUUCGCCGGAUUUCGGACGGUCUACCUCGAAGGGCGCGACGAGACAACCGACGCGGACGAGGCGAAACGCUGCCGCGCCUGGAGGCUGGGGAUCCGUUGCUUUCCGAAGGCCUGA